UUAGUUUGUUACGAGAUCCAAUGAAUUUGGCAAAAGCAGGAUGACUUGUGUAUAUCACUUCAUUUCUAAUAUAUUUUCAUUUUUUUUUCUCCAAUAGUAAGCCGAAUGCUAUUAAGACUUAUAAGGAUCCAACUUUUGUUAAGAUUAUGCUACCUGACCAAAAGGAUUGCGACUUUAUUUUGGAAGUGAACGGUGAAUAUAUCUACGCCCACAAAGCAGUAUUGGCAGCCAACUCUCCUUUCUUUCAAUUUUCAGAGAAUGAUAAAGAAAAGGCACCCACCAUUGAAAAUGAGUAUGUCGAUGCCGGCGCUCUUAAAACGAUUAUCAAUUAUCUCUACAAUGGCAAGAUUGAAAUAAUCGAAGGCGCCGGCCAAUCCCUUCUUGUUACGUCAAAUUUUCUUCAGAUCGACUGGGUAGAGGAACAAUGUAAACAACAUCUCAAGUCCAGUAUAGACCUAGGAAAUUGUUUCGAUAUUUGGGGCAUUGGUGAUAGCGUUUUAGGCGAGGAGCUGGCUGAUCGCUGCUUCAGGUACAUUUUAAGACAUUUUGCUCAGCUAAUUGAGGCUGAGGGAUUUUUAAAAUUGUCGAUUGAAAAGGUAUGUAAACUGGACAUGAAAUAACUCUGCGCACAUAGAGUUCGCAUAUAUUUUUCCUUAAAAACUGGACAUUUUUAUAUCGAUUUAAAGUUUAAAUUAUUUCUUCAUAGAUCGAA